AUGAAAACCAUUGCCCUCAUAUCUGGUGGAAAAGAUAGUAUUCUUUCGGUGCUAUUGGCGAUGCGAUAUGGGCAUUUCCCUGUCGUUGUGGCAAACAUUUGCCCUACAGGCGAUGAGGGACCUGAAGAAGUGCACGAGCUUGAUUCUUACUUCUUUCAAACGGUGGGUCAUGAAGCGGUAGAAUCUAUAGUCCACUGCAUGGGCCUGCCGCUUCGUCGAGCAUACAUUCGGGCAGGCCAGUCGAAGGUGCAGGACCUUCACUAUUCGAAGGAACGCGAUGAUGAGGAUGAGGUCGAGACCCUUUAUCGUCUGCUUCACUCCGUCAAGGAGGAAUUUCCAGAGGUGGAAGGGGUAACUACGGGUGCGAUUCUGUCCCACUAUCAACGUUACCGCGUGGAGGAUGUCUGUGGCCGUCUAGGUCUCCAUUCACUUGCUUUUCUUUGGCAACGCCCGGCGGAGGAGGUUCUUGAUAUAGCUGCCGUGUUACAUGUGCAUGCUAUUCUUGUCAAGACGGCGUCCAUUGGACUUGACCCGAGGAUUCACGUUGGUUUGUCUUUGGAGGAUGUACGCCCCACACUGGAGAAGGCACAAAAAUUAUAUGGGACACACGGUGCCGGUGAGGGAGGCGAAUUUGAGACCAUUGUAUUGGACUGUCCACUGUUCAGGGAUCAGUGUCUGGGGGUUUCGUUGCUUGAACGCGUCAUUGUGGAUGAUAACGAUUAUUCUCCUUCUGGUUAUGCGCGCCUCAAGGUGAAGCUGCGCGACAAGACAAUGGAAGAAAGGGCAUUGAGUAAAGAGUUGCUUUUGCGACUUCCGACGCUGACGUUUCCUUCUGAUAGAAUGUGCCAUUUGCCCCGAGUAGACCAGCUUAUUAACGUGUACAAUGAAGAACUUGAAUGGGAGAAGAGCUUUAGGCCUUCCAAUAUUGAUGCGAAGUUUUGGGGCGACAACUGCUGCGAUGUCUACGAGAGUGACGUUUUGCACACCGAGGACGAGGUGGAAUAUUGCGUGACAGGCGUCUUGCAAAGGAUCGUAGAAGACAUGUCGGGAAGAAACCGUGAAGUUUUUUUUAUGCUUGUGUUUUCUCCGUCUAUAAGGUACUUUGUUUUUUUUUUUGAGGCGUUUGCUCAUUUUUUUCCCAACCCUCAACCACCCGGGUGCGCUUUUGCAGAGGUUUCGGAUAAAAAAGCGUUUUGUCUGGAGGUUCUUUCGGCCCCACGAGAGUUUAUUCAGCGUGCGACACUGCAGGUGCGAAGCAGGAGUUGUUGCGGGCCAGUUUCCAUGGGGCCGCAUUCCUUUUCUAACCUUGUUAACACGAACGCUGAACGGUGUGUGAUUGUGAGUGGCUGCAUUGGCUUGGUGCCUGUGACACAACGUUUGGCAGUUACAGAGGACAUGCCGGAGAUAUUAAAUUUAUCGUUGUCACGUUUAUCGCGCGCAUUGGGCUUGGAAGAAGAUGCUGUGAGGACGUUUUUCGUCCAAUUUGCCUUCAUGUAUGCGAACAGUGUUAUUGGACUCACGCAUUUUGGUGCUGGGGUUCCAUUUGCCACGCACGCAACUUUUUUUUUGCGAGACAUGAGAUUUGCACCGUUGGUGCCUUUCUUGUGGCGGUGGUGCGCCGGGGAUUUUGCAAGGCUUUUGCCUUGGGACAACCCACGUGCUUGCAUUGAGAAGGAUGGUGUUCUGUUUCGCAUUCUUCACGUUACACGACUCCCGUCUAAUUCUGAGGUGGAAAUUGUUCUGGAAAGAAGGGGCCUUCGUUUGGAGGAGGAUUGA